UUAUAAUUCUCAAUAUUUCUCUUCUUUGUUACUUUCUUCUCAUUCUUUUUGACGAAAAACAAAUCCUAUAAUUAGACUCUUUAUUCUCUUUUUUUUAAGUCUUUUAGUUGUCUCCCUUUCUUGAAUUGUUUUUGUUGCAUCCUCGUCAGUUACGUUGCAUAACCAUCUCCAGGAAAUCAUAUCCAAAGUAACCGUAUAGAGAAUUUAUAGGAGCCGAAUUAUAUCAGAGACCGAAUAGAGAUCAGGAAAGCAAACAUGGGUUUGAAAGAUGAAGAGAAUAAAGCUGAAGGGUCUUCAGAAGAGCCAAAGGGACAAGGGCUAAGCAGGAAAAACAGCCAUAGCUCUAUAUGUCCGACUGAUGAUGACGACGAAGAGGAAGAGGAAGACAAGAAACUUGAUCUUGGUCCCAUGAUCGCUCUCAAAGAACAGCUCGAGAAAGACAAGGAUGAUGAAAGCUUGAGGAGAUGGAAGGAGCAACUUCUAGGCAGCGUAGAUCUUGAGGAGGUCGGAGAGACUCCGGAUCCGGUGGUAAAGAUAUUGACCUUAACACUUAGGUCACCGGAAAGAGAGGACAUGGUACUAACGAUCCCGGAAAACGGAAAACCGACUUCGAAAGGACCAUGGUUCACUCUCAAAGAAGGCGCUAAGUACAGUCUUGUAUUUACUUUCCGUGUCACCAACAACAUUGUGUCCGGCCUACGGUACAGCAACACAAUCUGGAAGACCGGAAUUAAGGUGUAUAGUAGAAAGGAGAUGCUAGGGACGUUUAGUCCACAGGCGGAACCUUACAAUCAUGUCAUGUUUGAGGAAACUGCCCCCUCUGGUUUGCUUGUUAGAGGCUCCUAUUCCGUUAAAUCUAAGUUCGUCGAUGACGAUAAUAAGUGCUACUUGGAGAACAACUACAACUUCGACAUUCGCAAGAAUUGGGUGUGAUCUAUCACAUAAUUUAAUUACUGGAAGAAGAGAAAAAUGUAUAUAUACAUCAUUUUUCUACAUAUUAUUUUCUCUCUAAUUCAAAUUCUGUCAUAAUUUAAUAUUUGCUCAUAGAGUUCUUCGCCUAGUUUUUUCUUUUUUUUUUGAUGAUUCGUGAUCUCACUUGAUAUAGACAAUUUGUUUGGUUUUCUGUAAGUUACCUUUCUCGGGUUAUAUUUAAUAUUGCA